AUGUUGUUUAAAGGCAGAAUUAUCUCCGUUUUCUUAAAUUUAUACUGUGCAAGUGCAUCUUCUGGUUUUGAUGGGCCCCUAUAUGACUCCACUGCUUACACUGAGUGCAAAGAGAAGGCAGAGGAGCCACUUUACGGAGGAGGACUUCUCAAAAGCGUGCUUUUGUCUGUUAAUACUAAUAGCUGCAUGCCUUCGCUUGUUCUGGACAAUAAUCUCACUCAAGGCACCAUUUACUCUUUCUCCGUAUGGGUGAGAGUUGAAGACUCAAGAAGUUCAGCUAAGGUAAGGGCCAGCCUGCAAACGGAGAAAGAGGUAUAUGAUUGCAUAGGGACAGUUUCUGCCAAGCGCGGAUGCUGGUCAUUUCUCAAAGGUGGAUUUGUUCUCAAUUGGCCUUCCAAUUUUUCUACAAUCUUCUUACAGAAUGUGGACAGAAAAGAUGUCAACAUAGAUAUUGUUAGCCCAUCACUCCAGCCAUUUACUAAAGAACAAUGGAGAACCAAUCAGCAGUAUAUAAUCAAUACUCAAAGAAAGCGUGCUGUCACUAUUCAUGUGUCAGAUAGUAACGGGAGGAGAUUGCAAGGAGCUGCCAUCUUUGUGAAGCAAAUCUCAAAAGAUUUCCCUAUUGGAUCGGCAAUAGCAAAGAGCAUCCUUGGCAACUUGCCCUAUCAGAAUUGGUUCGUGAAGCGGUUCAAUGCGGCAGUCUUUGAAAAUGAACUAAAAUGGUACGCCACGGAGCCUCAUCAAGGCAAGGUCAAUUACACCAUUUCAGACCAGAUGAUGCAAUUUGUUAGAGCAAACAAAAUCAUAGCCAGAGGGCACAAUAUAUUCUGGGAAGACCCUAAAUACGCCCCACCAUGGGUUCUUAACCUUACUGGCAUCCAGUUACAAUCUGCUGUGAAUUCCCGAAUACUAAGUCUCAUGAACCAAUACAAGGACGAGUUCAUACACUGGGAUGUCAGCAAUGAAAUGCUUCAUUUUGAUUUUUAUGAGCAAAGGCUUGGACCUGACGCCACAUUGCAUUUCUUCCAGACAGCACACAAAUCAGAUCCUUUAGCAACGCUGUUCAUGAACGACUUUAACGUGGUGGAAACAUGCAAUGAUGUGAAUUCCACUGUGGACGCUUAUAUCUCGAGGAUAAGAGAACUACAACAAAAUGGUGUCUUUAUGGAUGGAAUUGGCUUGGAGGGUCACUUCACAAUACCCAAUCCUCCCCUUAUCAGAGCUAUCUUAGACAAGUUGGCAACACUUGGCCUUCCCAUUUGGCUUACUGAGGUUGACAUAAGCAAAACACUUGAUAAAGAUACACAGGCAAAUUAUUUGGAGCAAGUGUUGAGGGAAGGGUUCUCACAUCCUUCGGUGAAUGGGAUCAUGCUUUGGACUGCAUUUCGGCCUAAUGGAUGCUUCCAAAUGUGCCUCACAGACAGUAAUUUCAAGAACCUCCCAGCAGGUGAUGUGGUGGACAAGCUUCUUCAAGAGUGGCAAAGUGGUCGCGUAGAGGGAGUCACAGAUGGGCAUGGUUCCUAUAGCUUUUAUGGGUUCUUGGGAGAAUAUAGAAUUAGUGUUAAGUAUGGUAACAGGACUAAAAUUUCAACCUUCUCGCUCUCUCGAGGUCAAGAAACUCGACAUUUUGAUAUUACCUUGUGA